UGUGACUAUUUCACAUUGGUUAUACCACCUGCAAACUCCACGUCACUAAUUCAUUCCUCUAUAUCCUUGUAAACAAUCUAGGUGGCGACCUUCAUUAUGCAGAAGCUUCUUUUGGAUGAAGUCGGCCUGGCGUACAUCUGUCAAACUUAUGAGCGUUUCGCUCACGUAGCUACUGUUUUGGAAAAAAUUGUGAUCGACUUGGCUAGAGAGCAGUCAUUACGCCUUUUGAAACACGUGAUUCGGUGCUACCUACGUCUUUCGGAUGAUUCGCGGUAAGUGUUUUCAGCCUAACAAGCAGGGUUAUGCUUACAUUGAAGAACGAAUGCCAUUUGGAUUGGUAGGUGCCCCAUUUACAUUCAGAAGAUUAAUGACCUUAUUACUGAAGGGUCUGAAGAACGUAGAAGUAUAUGGAGAUGACUUGGUGGUGUAUAGUGAGACGGAAAGCGACCAUAUAGACCACAUCGAAGCUAUCCUUAAGAGAAUUGAUGACUUUGGACUGCGGAUUAAUAAGAACAAGUCCCAAAUAGCUAAAAACACGGUUGUCCUCCUGGGUUACAAAGUGGGAAAUGGUGAAAUACGGCCAUUGCCGGAGAAAAUCCUGACGGUCAAAACCAGCGAAGUGCCAAAUUCAAAGCGAAAGCUGAGACAGUUUUUGGGAAGAGCGGCAUUCUACAGCCGAUUUGUCAAGAAUUUCAAUGAGAUAGCAAAACCACUAUAUACGUUGCUGAGUAACGCAAAAUUCAUGUGGACGGAAGAGGCACAGCAAACGUUUGAGCGAAUUAAAGGGCUGUUAGAUGGUCAACAGAUGACGUUGAAACUGCCAGCGCCGGGGAAGCAGUUCACAGUUUCGACAGACGCCAGUGAUUAUGGUAUAGGUGCUGUUUUAAGACAAACGGAUGGGGUUGUUGAAUACGCUAGCCGUGUGUUGACACUUGCAGAACAGAAGUAUUCUACGGUGGAAAAGGAGUGUUUAGCCAUUGUUUGGGCACUAGAAAAAUGGAGACCAUAUCUGAUCGGCCGCCGAUUCCACAUUGAGACCGACCACAAACCUCUUCAGUGGUUGAAAACAGCACGGGAUCCACGAGGGAAGUUAUCACGAUGGAUGUUACGCCUACAAGAGUAUGACUUCACGAUUGGACAUAUUCCAGGAAAAGAAAAUGUAAUAGCUGACUAUUUGUCGAGGUCAGAUAAUGAGACUGAACUACCAGAGGUAGCGUAUGCAGUAAACGCUUUGGAGCAAGAUCCCUUACAACUUGUUCACCACCAGAAGUCGGAUCCUACUCUUAAGACAGUCAUUCAGAUGAUACGUGAAGGGAAAGAAAUUGAAAUGGCAGCAGAGAAUAGAGAGUUAAAGAUGCUACUGCAGCAAAAACAUAGACUCAAACUAAACGCUGCCGGCGUCUUAACUUGGAAAGACAGUGAUGGUAGCUGGGUUGCAGUGAUACCAAAAAGCCUUCGUCGUGGGGUCAUUCAAGAAUGCCACCAACUAGCUCAUACAGGAGUUGCACGAACAUACGACCUAGUGAGCCAAAGUGCGUACUGGCCAAACAAGCUAUUCAGAAUAUACAAGAGAAGCGCAAGAUAGACAUCGAAAAUUAUGGCAAGAAACAAAUCAAAGCUUGGAAGCCGUUUGAAGUAGGUGACCAGGUGAAAUGUAGAGAACGAAAGUAUACUACCGGCAGUGGACCAGGAUCAGGAAAGCUUCUGCCGAAGUGGGAGGGACCAUAUGUGGUCACAUCGAGACGCGGUCCAGUGUACACAAUAAAGAGAGGAGAUAAAGAGAAAAGAGUAAACGCCAGUCUGCUACAAAGAUGGAGAGAAGAAUGUCAAGACAAGGUACCAGAAGAGCAGCAGGAUGAAACGUCUGUGCGGCGAUCAAGGCGGUUACAGGAGAGACUUUAUAAUGAGGGGGCGAGUGUGGUGAGUGCUACUUAUAAUCCGAUAUAAGUAGUAUAUCAGGAAGGAAGUAACAACAUAUUUGGGAUAUUUGAUUGGUUGCAGGAUUUCGUCAUGCACUGACAUUGGUUAGAGAAGCACUGGAACACCUGGGAGUACUAGACAGCUGUUUCGUCCUGUUGUGGUUGUUGUUUUUGCCGCAGUCGUCUCAAUUGAAUCUGACUUCUGUGUGUCUACUCAGUGUGGCGGACAUUU